UACUUUUAUAACAUGAAACUUUGAAAUGCAGCAUAACCGUGAUUACAUGUAAACUUGCUUGUCUUACACAGUCCUUGGUUUGACGUCGGGACUGGGCGGGGCAGCGGAGUGACCCUCUCACUACUGCCUUGCCCAGCUGCUGACCCCGCUGCCAAACGUUACCACAUCUUGAUCCCCGCUGUCUUGCUGACCCUCGGGCUGCUGCUCGACGCUCGUCCCUUUUUGUCGCCUCAGCCGCUACUCAGUGCUCAGUUUUCACCCUUCACAGAGGCAACAGCGCUUGGGGACUGAGGUGAGCACUGAGUAGGGGAAGGGAGAGCGACUGUGAUGCUGACCCAUCAGUCAUUGAUCCUUACCCAUCAACCAGCUCGUACUGGCGCCAGUUUUGCUGAGAUCCACGAAUAAAAAGUUAGAUAAACAAAUAAAGCAAAUUUAUAAGGAUGGUCCGGUUACAUUAUCUUUAAUUUUCCUUGUGUCAAUCGGUGUUAGUUGGCGCCACUUGAGACAGCGAGUUGGUGAUGUACUGUACGCAAGACAUACAUGAAUGGACGCGUUUAUAAUUAUGAACUGAGUUGAAAGGAUAAGGUGUUGUGACCUCGAUAUGGCAUCAGGGCCCAGUGGCUGACGGUUUCCGCGUCCGACACCGGCCGCCGGCGUCCACUUGCCGUAAGACAUUUAAACCUUAACGCGUACCUACUCUCCCCAUCACUCUCCCCCUCUUCAUACCACUGGCGUUUCUCUCCUUGCUUUCCAAUCCUGUAAGCACUGUAGUUAUAUGCCUCUGUGCAUGUCCUUCAGUAAACGCACUCUAUGGUAGAGGUGUAGGCGCGGUUUUGUACAGACCGAAAGGCUGAUCACUGCGAGGGGUUCGGACGCAGGGCACCUGUUUACCCCGGCUCGCUGUGGACUAGGGGUGCGGGCCCACUUCGGACGCCGCCACCCGCUAAAAACUCAAAAUUAUUCCAAAAUGAAUUUCAGGCUUGUCAUAUAUACGGCGACCUAUGCCUUAGAGAUCGAUCAUGAGCUUAAACACAGCAAGUGAACGAAAAAAUGAGAGAGGAAGGCGGCGAAGGUGGCGGAAGGUGGGCAGCAGAGUGAGCAGCAGACGGCGCGGCCACGGCGGCAGGCAGUCGGUGCGGAGCCUUGAGGGCGGGAGGACAGCCCUCACUGUGAAUCGCGGCGUGCACAGAAACACGUGAUCUAUGGUGUUCAGUGAGGUGACGGUGGUGACUGUUGAGCAGGUCUGAGACACGGACCUGCCAGACUCUAUAGUGCCUCACGGUGAAGCGAAAAAUACCGGAAAGGGCAUAGAAAAGACGGCACACCAGCGAGAAGCAUUACGGAUUCUGUGAGGUACGUCAGGUGAGGUGGGUCCAUCAUGGUUCAUCUAAGAAUUAAGUGAUGUGCCGCGCGCCGCGGGUGUGUUGCUGUGGCCGCCGUGUGUGUCAAUGACGCCCACGCCCACAGCCACGCAACACGCGGCCAUGAGCGCCCUCACGCCGCCGCGCCCCGUGCCCGCCGGGGAGCCGCCAGGCCUCGCCAGGUCGCUGCCUCGGGACUAUGGCGCCUCGCUGCGGGACUUGUCCUCCGCCACGCCUCGCAGCCCCCCGCGGCGGCCCCGUGCCCUGGGGGUGCGGCGGGACCACCUGGGGGGCUCUUGGGACCAGCUGGAUACCCCCCGGGCUCCCCUGCCACACCUGAGGGCAUCCUGGGAUCACCUGGGGCCCACCUGGGGUGAUGCCCCCGGGGGUGAGCAACAACGCGGCGUGGACGCGUUGCUCACUCACACUUUGCGGCCGCAGCGUCACGAGGCCGCCGCCGCCCGUGCUGCUGCCGCCGCCGCCGCACGGGAAGGCGCGGAAGAGGGCGUGGCGGAGAUGGCGUCCCCGCGGGACUCUGUGGCGGGCGCCAAGGGGCUGCUCAACGCGCCGGGCCAGAACAACUGCUUCCUCAACAGUGCCGUGCAGGUAUGUGGCAAAUUUACCCCUAAUUGACCCUUGAAGCUCACCUGUGCGAGGCGCUACUGGUGAGUAAACUACUGAUUAAGUGAGGGAAAGUGUUACCCGUGAGUGUGCCGAGGACGUGUGGCAGGAAACAAAUGUAUAUGUAUUACUAUGGCUCUGGUAAUACUUAUUUUUCUACUUCUACAACCCCAAUUACUACUACUAAUUCUACUACUACUUCUACUAUUACUAACACUACUACUACUACUACU